AUGCAGUAUACGGGAUCCUGCAGCAAUUGCACAGACCAAUCUAUAUUUGUCAAUUGUCUGAUGAUCGUCCUAGCACACCGUGUCUCCUAUCUGUGUGCACUUGGUGUAGAAACUCGAAAUCAAGAGCAUUUCUCUCUAAGCCAAACUUCAAUACAACUAUUUCUUCCUCCAAUGGCUACAAGAAUCACCCUGAACGCUAUCUUAUCCUAUCUAGAAGAGCUAACGCUCUCUACAACCGUAGAGAUACCCGAAAGCCCCAAGAAAGCGCAAAACCGCUCCAAGCAUGUCCUUGUCAUUGGGGGCGGCGUUGGCGGUCUGAUGACGGCUUGGAUUCUCCUUGACAAGGGCUACCGCGUCACCGUCGUGUCUAAGGAAUGGGCAAGUCUCGCGAAGCCGUUGACCUCGCAGAUUGCUGGUGCUUUAUGGGAGUACCCACCUGGUGGGUGCGGCAUCACAGUGAUUGAGACACCGUUGUUCGGGUGCUCAACUCUGGAGCAGUAUUGGGAGUGGCCUUUGCAGAGUUUUGAGUUCUAUCGGUUGAUGGCGAACCGGGAUGAGCUUAUUGGUGAUGGCCUGGAACGGGCUGCUGGGGCUGGGAAGUUUGGGGCGAAGAUGAAGACCUUGUUUCAGUUCUUUCAGCACCCGAUUGAGGACGAGUCCUGUGUCCAUGGACGUGAUGACAGGCAUUGUGACAAGUAUUUUGAAAUGAAGACACUGGACGAGAGCGUGGAUUCGCCCUUCAGGGAUCAGUUGAAAAUCAAUUAUCACUGCAUGGCUGAUGCCAAUGGUGGAAAGAAUGUUAAUUCAUGA